UUUCAAACUUGUGUCAGCAGCAUCGACGUCACCAACAGCAGAACAUCUCUCCCUCUCUGAAAGCCAUUUCAGAACCACCUCCAUCCGAACUCCUCCCACAACCCAAUCCAAUCCCUAAUUCCUCUGAGCCCCGGAUCCCGCACCCCCGAUUCGAUCCAACGCGACCGCGAUCCCCCUCGAACCGAUUCGCACCCCAAUCCUAUCGGCAUUUUCCGCCGGCCGGCCGGCCGGCCUCCUCAGAUCUGGGCGCCAGAUCCCGCCGCCUCCCCUCCUCCUAGCACCUCGCCAGGAUUCGCGCGGCGGCGCCGGACGCCAAGUUGGCGCCGCAGAAGCGGUCGCAGCGCGGCGGCGGUGGCGGUGGCGGUGGCGCCGCCGCCGCCGCUGCGCCGUCGUCCGCCGCAGGGGACUCCGGGGACGCGGUGAUGGCGCGGUGGCUGCAGUCCGCGGGGCUCCAGCACCUCGCGGCGUCCUCGGCCGCGGGCGGGGUGGGGGCCGGGGACCUCCGCGGCGCCGGUGGCGGCGCCGGCAUCCUCCCGAGCCUUCUUAUGCAGGGAUAUGGGCCGCAAUCAAUUGAAGAAAAACAGAAGCUUUACACAUUAUUGAGGAGCCUGAAUUUUAAUGGGGAAUUAGCAUCCGCAUCUAUUUCCGAGCCCUAUACUCCAACGGCACAUAGCUUUGGUGGUGGGGCUCCUGUAGAUGGAUUUUAUUCACCUGAACUUAGAGGUGAAUUUGGGGCUGGCCUUUUGGAUCUUCAUGCAAUGGAUGACAGCGAGCUUCUUUCUGAGAAUGUUGCGUCAGAACCAUUUGAGCCUUCACCUUUUAUGCCAAAGGAAAUGGAUGACGAUGAGGAUGAUGUAAUACCAGAAAACCAGCAAGGUCUAGCAGAUAACCAUAGCAGUGCAUUUGCCAGUGAAAAAGAGAACACUGCGGUCAGUGCUAGAGAAAGUAAUGUAGCAAAGAUUAAAGUCGUGGUAAGGAAGAGACCUCUGAACAAAAAGGAGAUAUCUCGAAAAGAGGAUGACAUCAUAGACGUACACAAUUCUCAGUUCUUGACUGUUCAUGAACCUAAGCUGAAGGUGGAUUUGACAGCUUAUGUGGAAAAGCAUGAAUUCUGCUUUGAUGCUGUCUUGGACGAGCAUGUAACUAAUGAUGAGGUGUACCGCGAGACUGUGGAGCCUAUUAUACCAAUAAUUUUCCAAAGGACGAAAGCCACAUGCUUUGCAUAUGGCCAGACAGGCAGUGGCAAGACCUAUACAAUGCAACCCCUACCUCUAAGAGCUGCACAUGAUAUGGUUUGUCUUUUGCAUCAACCUAUGUACCGGAAUCAACAUUUCAAGUUGUGGCUCAGCUACUUUGAGAUUUAUGGUGGGAAGCUCUUUGAUCUUCUCAGCGAAAGGAGGCAACUCUUAAUGAGGGAAGAUGGAAGGAAACAGGUCUGCAUUGUUGGCUUACAGGAGUUCGAGGUUUCUGAUGUCCAGAUAGUCAAAGAAUACAUCGAGAAAGGAAAUGCUGCAAGAAGCACAGGCACAACUGGGGCCAAUGAAGAGUCAUCACGAUCUCAUGCUAUUCUGCAAUUGGCUGUGAAAAAGCAUAUCCCAGUUACUGAUACCCGGAGACAGAGAGACCGAGAUGCUAUUGAAGCAAAGAAUACAAAGCUUGUGGGGAAAAUGUCAUUUAUUGAUCUUGCUGGAAGUGAGCGUGGUGCUGAUACAACAGAUAAUGACAAGCAAACAAGAAUUGAGGGUGCGGAAAUCAAUAAGAGCCUUUUGGCUCUCAAGGAAUGUAUUCGGGCACUGGAUAAUGAUCAAAUACACAUUCCUUUCAGAGGAAGCAAGCUAACAGAGGUGCUUCGUGACUCUUUUGUUGGUAACUCUCGAACAGUAAUGAUUUCUUGCAUCUCACCAAGUUCAGGUUCAUGUGAACACACGCUAAAUACCUUAAGAUACGCCGAUAGGGUUAAAAGUCUUUCAAAAGGUGGCAACACAAAAAAGGAGCAGGUCGCUGCGCAGUCUGUAUCAUCUGGCAAGGAAUCUACCUACACUUCAUAUCCUUUAUCAGGUGAAGCUGAAGAAACUAUGGAGCAGACUCUAGAAAUUAAACCUGUUGAUGUUUCUAGGAAGGGUGUUGGCAAUUUAACUUCCAAUUCUUCCAUAGAACCUGAUAGGAACUCCUCUAGUAUGAUUCCGAGUUAUCCACAUAGAGGAAAAGAAGAAACUAGUUCAAGAUCUGGUUUGAAUGAUAGGGAUAGGGGAGAUUUGAAAUCCAACCAGACUGGUUUUACCAGUAAAGCACAGUCACUUCAAGAUUCAGUAAAUUCACAAGAAGAGGUGAAAGUCACAAAAGUCUCACCGCCUCGGCGAAAAGCUAACAGGGAUGAGAAAUCUGAAAGGCAGAGCAAUUACAUGAAAAAAGAAAGUGGACCUGAAAUAAGUCGGAUUGUUCUUAAGCAGCAACAGCAACUUAAGCAGCAGCAGCAAAGACCAUCUACCUGGGCAUCACAGGUUUUAUCCAAGCAAUCCGAAAAGGAAAGUUCUGAUGAUAAGGAAAUAAAUGCAAUACUUGAGGAAGAAGAGGCGUUGAUAGCAGCUCACAGAAAGGAAAUCGAAAAUACUAUGGAGAUAGUACGGGAAGAGAUGAACCUAUUAGCAGAGGUCGACCAGCCAGGUAGCCUUAUUGACAACUACGUGGCUCAGCUGAGCUUUCUGUUGUCACGGAAGGCUUCUGGUUUGGUGAGCCUCCAGGCGCGCUUGGCACGGUUUCAGCAGCGCCUCAAGGAACAGGAGAUUCUUAACCGUAAAAAUUCAUCAAGAUAGUUGAACCACAGAAAUUAAAACCCGUUGUUUUGUCAUGGAUUGCGAGGAACUCUGAACAGUGAUAUAUUGCAUCAUGGUCUCCGAUAUGAUCAAAUUCCGUCUUAAAAAACGAGAAGAACAGAAUAUCUCAACGUGACUCAGGGUGGAAAAUGGUGAUGUGAAGUUGAUGCGGUGCAGGCAUUUGGUUUUGAGGUUUCCCGAUUCAGUUUGCUAAUUUUUCUUUUCCUGAAAGGGGUGUUUGGGUGUAUUUUCUGGUGGCGGCAUAGGUUGUCAAUCUUUGCCAUUUUCUUUGUACGAUUAUAGCUGAAACUGUUGUUUGAAGUGAUCAGAAGUGAAGUGUUGCGGCGCGGAAAUAACCAUUGUACCUUGCCUCGCCGACAUAGUGUUGUAUUGUAUUCUUUGUUGAUAUUAUUUCGCAUCAAGAAAGAAAGGUGGCAUGCGGCUAAGAUCUUCAGCCGUUUUCAACCAGGACUGGAUCUAAUCUAAAGAAAACCUGGACUAGAUCUACAGGCUUUUGAUUCUUGUAGUGAUCUGUGCCUAUGAUACAAUGUAAAAGGCAAUUAAGAUGCCCAUGUUCCUCAUCCGUCGUCAAAAGCUUAGGGGAUUUACUGCGGACACUGCUACUAUUUGUAGUUUUGGAUACGGAUGCUUCAAAUAUGUUUACUUAAUCCCAUAUUGAGAGUUCAAUGA